UAUAAACAAUAUCGGAACCACAGGGUAUCUAUCAUAGUAGCCAGUCGAAGAUGCAUCGUUCUUUGUAGAGGGAAGAGGAAGAAGUAGGAUGGAGAAGCAAUAUUCCCAGGAGUUCUUUGCUUCCUUUGUGGAGCAGCUUCAACAGGUGUGUCGGAAUUAUUUAAACUUCAGUCAGUUUGUGGAGGUCAGUGGCUAUGUGUGUGUGGAGAUUGACAACAUGAAGAAGGAGAGAUACGUCCUCAGUGAACUGCUACAGAGCAGUGGUAAUGUGGUCAGUGAGAGCUACUGCACGAAGGCAUUCAAAACGUUAGGAAAUACAAAGAAUGUGUCCUUGUCAGGUAUGAGUGCAAGACAAGGGGUCCCAUUACAUCCUAGGACCAAUUUCAAUAGAAACAAUUCAAACUAUGGACAGAGUAACCAAAGAACAGUUCUAAAUCAAAUUGUGUCUGGUGGGCAUGGACAAAGAUCUGAAUUCUCUACCAGAAUUGAACAAGUUCCAUCCAGACAACUCGGCCAUGGCGUCAUGAAUGAUGAGGACAAUGGAAGCAGUUCAAGUGUUCUCAGUAGAGGCAGUGUAUCUGCUGGCAGAAAUUCUCAGUCAAGGGUUCCAUUUUCCCAGUUAAAACAGACUUCACACAGAAAUGUUCCAGUGCAGCACAACAGACAAUAUGUGAAUGCUGAUACAGCUAGUGUUCAAGGCCAAAGAUUGUUGCAGACCUCCAGUGCAGAAAGGCCAAGAACAAGACCAUCACCUUUACACAGCAACCACACUAAUAGUUCAGCGUCUACGCUUAGUGAUGCUUCAGAUCUUCCCGAUAUUGAAGUCAAAGGUGAGGAGGUUCAAGUGACAUUGCCUCAGUUUGUCAGUCUGGACAAUACAAGAUCUGGGCACAUGCAUCCCCAAAAUAAUAACGCACAGCACAGCUUAUCAUCCAGCAGUUCUCCUGCUCGUGCUGAAGGACGAGCAGCUGUCUGGUCAACGCCUCUGUCCUCCAUGUCCACUGUGAAUGAUGAUGAUGAUGAUGAAAUCAUAGAUCUGGAUUUGUUUGAAGAUGAUUUAGAGGAAAGUCUGACAAAUGAACCUUUCUCCAUGGAGGAUGACUCGAGAGACGUGACUGCUUCAGCUGCCUAUCAGAGUGCGAGCGUUCCUUCCUGUGUUGUCCAGAAGAGUUCAAGUGGUAUGAGUCCUGGGUCCAAGCAUGUCAUGAAGUCGGCCAUUAAGCAGUUCCAGAGGUACCACUCUGACAAGUGUGGCCAGGACAUCGAUCUGUGGGCCACUCCUCCUGAACAGCUGAAUGACCUUCUGCUGGACUUCUACCAAGGUGGGAGAACACUCAAUGGCAAAGAACUUACGCCAGGAUCACUGAAAAACGUACAGAUAUACCUGGACAAAUAUCUGCGGGAGGGAGGAUACCCGUUUUCACUUUCAAAGGAUGAGCACUUCAAAACAUCAAGAGAUUUUAUCAAGGCAAAAGUUCACGAAAAUAGUAAAUUUGUGGUAGCUCAGAGACAUAUUCCAGUGAAUGACAUGGACAUUGAAAUUCUAUUUCAAACUCGUCAGCUUGGAUCACACAGCCCUGAGUCUGUUAUCAAUACAAUGUGGGUUCUCAAUUCCAAAUUCUUUGCUAUUAGACGACCUUCUGAACAUUUCAACCUGAAAUGGGGGGACAUUGCCCUGAAAAUGGACGACCAAGGUCACGAGUACCUGGAGAGACAGACCAAAGGCUAUGAGACAUUUGCUCUCCGAGUAUUUGCAAAUUCAGAUAUUGCUGAAAGGUGUUUUGUCAAUGUGUACAAGCAGUACAAGGUAUCUCGACCCAAGCUGAUGCUUGAUGAAUCAAGUGCCUUCUAUCUGAAGGGCAACAAGUCACCUGUGAUUGAUGUGUGGUUUCUCCCGGACUCAAUGUCUUGGUGCUCGCUCAUCAACUUGUGGAAGAAGAUGGUCACCGGGAGUGGGCUGCCAGUUAAUAAGAAAAUAUUCUAGGUUGGUGAUGAGGCAAGGAUGGAAAUUAACUUGAAA